AUGCAGCUAGGAAAACAGCCGCUGCUGUUCUUGGCCUGCCGCUGCGCUGGGCUGCGCUGUCUGAUGAAAAGAGGCUUUAUCGGCGAGGAGGGGUUUGAAAAAGGACGGAUUUAUACGUUUAUUGGGGAGGUGGUGGUUUCCAUGAACCCUUACAAAAACCUGAACAUCUAUGGGCGUGACACGAUUGAGCAGUACAAAGGAAGGGAAUUGUACGAGCGGCCUCCACACCUCUUCGCAAUUGCUGACGCCGCUUACAAAGCGAUGAAGAGGCGAUCAAAAGACACCUGUAUUGUCAUCUCAGGUGAGAGCGGGGCGGGGAAGACCGAGGCCAGUAAGUACAUUAUGCAGUACAUCGCGGCCAUUACCAACCCCAGCCAGAGAGCAGAGGUGGAACGAGUGAAGAACAUUCUGCUGAAAUCCAACUGUGUGUUAGAGGCCUUCGGCAAUGCCAAAACAAACCGUAAUGACAAUUCCAGCAGGUUUGGAAAAUAUAUGGAUAUCAACUUUGAUUUUAAAGGAGACCCAAUAGGUGGGCACAUCAAUAAUUACUUACUGGAAAAGUCUCGCGUGAUUGUGCAGCAGCCAGGAGAACGAAGCUUUCAUUCUUUUUACCAGCUCCUCCAGGGGGGGUCUGACCAGAUGUUACGUUCUCUACAUCUCCAGAAGGACGCGUCUGCAUACAGCUACAUCUGUCCAGGGGCACAGAUAAAGUGUUCCAUCAACGAUGGUGCAGAGUUCAAGGCGGUAGCUGAUGCCAUGAAAGUGAUAGGCUUCAAGCAAGAGGAGAUUCAGACCGUCUACAAAAUCGUGGCAGCCAUCCUUCACUUGGGGAACUUGAAAUUUUCUGUGGAUGGUGAUACGCCUGUAAUAGAAAAUGGCAAGCUGGUGUCCAUCAUCGCAGACUUGCUGUCAACAAAAUCUGACAUGGUGGAGAAGGCUCUGUUGUUUCGAACUGUGGCUACGGGUCGGGAUGUCAUCGACAAACAGCACACUGAACAAGAAGCCACCUACGGCAGAGAUGCCUUUGCAAAAGCUAUAUACGAGCGCCUCUUCUGUUGGAUUGUGACGCACAUCAAUGAUGUGAUUGAAGUGAAGAACUACGACACUUCAAUACAUGGGAAAAACACCGUCAUCGGCGUCCUGGAUAUCUAUGGCUUUGAAAUAUUUGACAAUAACAGUUUUGAGCAAUUUUGCAUUAAUUACUGUAAUGAGAAGCUGCAGCAGCUCUUUAUUCAGCUGGUUCUAAAGCAGGAGCAGGAAGAGUACCAGCGAGAGGGAAUUCCCUGGAAGCAUAUCGAUUACUUUAACAAUCAGGUCAUUGUUGACCUGGUAGAGCAGCAGCACAAGGGGAUCAUCGCCAUUCUGGACGAUGCCUGCAUGAACGUUGGAAAAGUUACAGAUGAGAUGUUCCUCGAGGCUCUUAAUAACAAGCUAGGGAAGCAUGCACAUUUCUCCAGCAGAAAGCUUUGUGCAACCGACAAAACGCUGGAAUUUGACAGAGACUUUCGAAUCAAGCACUAUGCCGGAGAUGUGAUUUACUCAGUCACUGGAUUUAUUGACAAAAACAAGGACACUUUAUUUCAAGACUUCAAGCGCCUCAUGUACAACAGCUCCAACCCUGUGCUGAAGAUGAUGUGGCCUGAAGGUAAACUGAGCAUCACGGAGGUGACCAAGCGACCCCUGACAGCUGCCACUCUUUUUAAGAACUCCAUGAUUGCACUAGUGGACAACCUGGCAUCGAAG